AGAAAAAGUCAAAGUCGUCUUAUAGUUAGUUAAGAAGUGCUUGUAGUUUUUCUUACCACGGAACGGCAGCACGUGCACGUUUCAAAAACCGCUCGACUGAUUUGCCUUUUUUUAAGAAAGUUCGGAUUCUCACAGUCGCAGGGGAGCAGAUCCAGAUGAUGAUGAUGUCGAGAUGCUUCUUAUGGCUGGUAUUGCUAAAUCAUGUGGGUGGAGCCAUUUUAGAGUCACAAGCACCCCACCGAGAACUUCAAGCUUACCGAGAUUGUCCUGGAUGUACUACUACUACUACUAGUGCUUCCUCUGUUUCUGCACUUCACUACGAUCCAGAUCUCAAAGAUGUGAACAUAGUUGCCACCUACAGUGACCAUCACGGUAACAUACGCCUUGGUAGUGUCAAAAUGGGACAUCUUUCAUCUUCUUGGCUUUUCGACAAUCCUCUUCGCCCCAACACCAAUCCUUCUUCUCAGCUAGUGAUACCGCAGGAUUCAUUUCAAAAUGAUUCUACUAGAAUGGAAGAGAAUGCUGCAACUUAUUCUACAACUAAUCAGUCUGGUGAAACCGAUAACCAUUUUCCACACAUGGAGUUUACAAGCCCUGCUAAACUCAAGCGUCAGAGUUUACGUCAGGAAAGGAGAGCUCAACGGACUCUCGACCUGAUCCAACAUGAUAAGGAAUCUGAUCACCAGAUGCAAGAAGCUGCCAUUCACAAGUCUAUCACCUUUGAAAACUCUGUCGUUGGCAAAUACAGUAUUUGGAGGAGAGACUAUGAGAGCCCCAACGCUGAUGCUAUCUUGAAGCUUAUGAGAGACCAGAUCAUUAUGGCUAAAGCAUAUUCCCAUAUCGCCAAAUCCAAAAACGCUACCAAUCUCUACCUUUUCUUGAUGCAGCAGAGUAGAGAAAAUCAACGUGUUCUGGGUAAAGCAACAUCUGAUGCUGACCUUCCUUCCAGAGCCCUUGAACAAGCAAAAGCCAUGGGCCAUGCUCUCUCUCUGGCAAAAGACGAGUUAUAUGACUGCCAUGAACUUGCUAAGAAGUUUCGGGCCAUGCUUCAAUCCACUGAACGCAAUGUAGAUGGACUGAAGAAAAAGGGCACCUUCUUAAUUCAGCUGGCCGCCAAGACAUUUCCCAAGCCAUUGCAUUGCCUCAGUCUCCAGCUUGCGGCUGACUAUUUUCUUCUCGGUUUCAAUGAAGAGGAGGAUGGAGUCAAAAAGGAUGCCAAGUUUGAAGAUCCUUCUCUCUAUCACUAUGCCAUCUUUUCGGAUAACGUCCUCGCAACAUCAGUCGUAGUCAACUCCACUGUCCUGAAUGCAAAGGAACCGGAGAAGCAUGUGUUCCAUAUAGUAACAGACAAAUUGAACUUUGCUGCAAUGAAGAUGUGGUUUCGCGUCAAUGCUCCUACUGAUGCCACGAUUCAAGUUGAGAACAUCAAUGAUUUUAAGUGGCUCAACUCCUCGUACUGCUCUGUUCUACGGCAGCUUGAAUCCGCAAGGCUCAAAGAAUACUAUUUCAAAGCAAAUCAUCCUUCCUCUAUCUCUGCUGGCGCAGACAAUCUCAAGUAUCGAAACCCAAAGUAUCUAUCGAUGCUGAAUCAUCUGAGAUUCUACCUUCCUGAGGUGUAUCCGAAGCUGGACAAGAUCCUGUUUCUUGACGAUGACAUUGUGGUGCAAAAGGACCUGGCACCUCUAUGGGAAGUAGACAUGCAAGGAAAAGUGAAUGGAGCUGUAGAGACGUGCAAGGAGAGCUUCCACAGAUUUGACAAGUACCUCAACUUCUCUAAUCCAAAGAUCUCAGAGAAUUUCGAUGCGGGGGCUUGCGGUUGGGCAUUUGGCAUGAAUAUGUUCGACCUGAGAGAGUGGAGGAAAAGGAACAUCACAGGGAUAUAUCAUUACUGGCAAGACAUGAAUGAGGAUAGAACGCUGUGGAAGCUGGGUUCGUUGCCACCGGGGUUAAUCACAUUCUACAACCUGACAUAUGCAAUGGAGCGGAGCUGGCACGUGCUGGGGCUAGGCUAUGACCCAGCGCUCAACCAGACAGCUAUAGAGAAUGCAGCAGUUGUGCAUUACAAUGGGAACUACAAGCCAUGGCUGGGUUUGGCGUUUGCCAAGUACAAACCUUACUGGUCUAAGUACGUCGAGUACGAUAACCCUUACCUCCGUCUAUGCAACAUAAAUGAAUGAAUGAAUGAAGAGGUUGGGCUUUGGAGGAGUAGAUCACACGAGGAGACGAGAGCAUAAUACAUAUUUUUUGUUUUAGUAUACUAUAGGAACCAAUCAAGAGAGGGCGAGGAUAAAAAUAAAAUCAAUCGUUCUAUUGUUACUUUUAGUAUUAAGUUUCUGAAGCGUAAGAUCAUCUUUUUCAGUCACAAACAAAAGAAAAACAACUUGCAAUCAAGGACAAUAGUGAGCCCAAAGCUUUGUGUACGAAAGCUCAUCCUUCUAUAAGCUCAGAACUGUUUUUUUUUUGUAACUAGCUCAGCUCAGAACUGUUGCCUGUUGGUAAUGUAUGUGUUAUAUAGGUUUGCCUC